CAAAUAAUCACAAAAAUGGCGACUAUAGUUUUGUAUCCAUCUCCGGGUAUGGGUCAUCUCAUCUCAAUGGUGGAGCUUGGAAAACACAUCUCCAAACACCACCCUUCUUUCUCUAUCGUCGUUCUCACUCUCAUCCCCUCCUUCAACACCGGCACUACCGCCGCCUAUGUCCGCCACAUCUCCGCCACCUUCCCCGCCAUCACCUUCCACCAUCUCCCUGACAUCCCUCUUGACCCCCUACUUUUCCCUUCAAUGGAAGCCAUCAUCUUUGAGCUUAUUCGACUUAGCAACCCCAACGUCGAUCGCGCUCUACAAUCGAUUUCUUCAUCUUCUAACAUCACCGCCUUCGUUAUCGACACGUUUUGCUCUCCCGCGAUGUCUUUGGCUGAGAAUAUUAACGUGCCGGUUUACUACUUCUUUACUUCCGGUGCGUGCUGCCUUGCACUGCUCCUUUACAUGCCUACAAUUCAUAAAACCACCACUAAAAGCAUUAAAGAUAUGAAUACACUCAUCCAUUCGCCCGGGUUGCCACCGAUACCGCCAUCGGAUAUGCCAGGCCCGUUUCUUGAUAGAACUUCUACUGAUUAUUCUGAUUUUCUUGGAAAAUGCGAGCAAUUACCCAAAUCAGCUGGGAUUAUUAUUAACACGUUUGAUUCGCUGGAGCCGAAAGCGCUUAAAGCCAUAAACGACGGAUUUUGUGUCCCGGAUGGACCUACGCCGCCGAUCUACUGCAUGGGACCAUUGAUAGCGAGUGGAGGUGAUGGCUCGCACGAGUGUUUGAAUUGGCUGGAUUUGCAACCGAGUGGAAGUGCUGUGUAUUUGUGUUUCGGGAGUUUGGGUGUGUUUUCGAGUGAGCAGUUGAAGGAGAUAGCAAAGGGGCUGGAGAUGAGUGGAGUUCGGUUUCUUUGGGUGGUUAGAAGCCCGCCUUCAAACAAAAAAGAAGACCGAUUUCUGCCACCGCCUGAGCCGGACUUGGAUGUACUACUGCCAGAAGGUUUCUUGGAGCGUACGAAAGAUAGAGGGCUAGUGGUGAAGAAAUGGGCGCCGCAAGUGGCUGUUCUCAACCACAAGUCUGUGGGCGGGUUUGUGACACACUGCGGGUGGAACUCGGUCUUGGAAGCCGUAUGUGCUGGGGUUCCAAUGGUGGCGUGGCCGCUGUACGCGGAACAAAAGUUUAAUAAGGUGGUGUUGAGGGAUGAAAUGAAGUUGGUAUUACCUAUGGAUGAGUCAGAAGAUGGGUUGGUGACCGCGAUGGAGGUGGAGAAGCGGGUCAGACAGUUGAUGGAGGGGGAGGAAGGUAAAGUUGUUAGGGAGGUGGCGAAGGCGAGAAAAGAGGAGGCGACGAUGGCAGUGAGUGACGGUGGGUCUUCUCGUAUGGCUCUGUCUAAAUUAAUUGCAUCAUGGUAGCUGUUAAACGCCGAUUACGAAAGAAAGAAAAGAAGCACGGUAGCAAGGUUACGAAAUAGGCUGAAAGUGUCCGGUAAAUGUUUAAGAGGAAUUUACAACUACUUGCAUUUGAAGCCUAGUAGUCUGCAUAUUUAAUCAUUUUGUUAUUUUCGAUCCGUCUGUGGAUCUUUUGAAUACUUACGGCUGUAUAAUUAAUUUGAACAUUCGGACAUUAUAAUUUGUAAUAGUAUUUUAAUUUCAAAACUUCCGUUAGGCUA